ACACCGUUGAGUAAGCAUUUUCCCCAAUUCCAUCCAUCAAGCCGUCUUUCGCAAUUCGCAAUUCUUACACCAUAGGUUGGAAUUUUUUGACUUUAUUUUAUUUUAUUCUCUCGUUUUUACCCACAUGGUUGAGGCAUGUUUCCCAUGCCCACUUCUUUGUUUUUCCUAAGAUAUACCUACCUAGGUGUAUCGUUCUGACGUUCCUUCGAAUACCCGAAUACCGAUUCGCUUUGAUCCUUUGUCCUUUCAUUUUUCCCCGGUGGAUUGGUUGACGGUCAGGCUUUGACGUGUCACAUCCGCCAACAUUCAUUCGAAAAUACGUCCAAAACGACCAAGUUGCGGAGCGAAUUUUAGUUACGGGCGGAUUCAAAUCGAGUGAUUCACGAGCCGAGGAGACGACAUUUUAGUAGUUUGUGUUGUAUUUGCGGCUGGGCGAGGUGCUACUCCCACGGGUUGGGGAACAUACGACUCAUACCACUAUUCCGUACCAUGGCUCUUUAGCAGCGUUUCUUCAUCCGAUCAUUUUUACGCAUAACCACAAACUUUACUCCACUCCGAUAUUUCUUAUUCAACACCACACGGCAUAGGUGGAUAUUGGAGGAUUACGCAAUGCCGCACGUCGGCAUUUUAAUGGAGCGUAGUCUCCAAGAACGCAGCCUCAGGGAUGCGUUCGCGGAUCUCUUCGCGCGAAGCGCUAUCGCUGCGCUGGGCAAGCGGCAAUCUCUUGAGUCGCUCAUGGGCGGAAGUUCUGACCCUAGGGUUGCCUUCUCUAGUUGGGAUAACUGUAUGCAGGCCGAUAUCUGCAAGUGGCCGGCAAUUGCCAUAAUCAUUAUCGGUGGUCUCAUUAUCUUCUCUAUCGUUUGGUGUAUCGCGCGAUGCCUCUGCUGUGGACUUUCGUGCUGUUGCGAGUGUUGCUACUGUCUAAAAUGCUGCGGUGAAUGUUGCGGGUGUUGUGAUCCCCCUAGAGGAAAACGGAAUAAGUAUCUCGACGAACCAUUCGUUCCGCCGCACCAUGAACCAAACCAGGCCUAUCACUCGCAAGCGCCCAUGACACCAGGAUUACCCACAGCACCUUCACCUUCCGUGCCUCAGUAUGCUGUAUUUGACGACGGCAACAAGAAAGAUGCAGAUGCAUUACCUGCGAUGCCAAGCUGGGAGGACGCGAAAUCACAGAAGGUUUUGGUUGAGGAAGAACCCGUCGAGAUGGAACCAUUGAAGAAGCCAGAGAAUGUCCAGAACAACAAUUCUUUCCCUAUGAGCAACUUGCCACCGCAUACGACUACCCCAAGCCCAGUUUCUCCCGAGAAUAGAAACCCCUACGGACCACCACCAGCACAAGGCGGUCCUAAUGGGUAUAUGGCAGCAGCACGAGCUGGCCCAGAUCCAUAUUCUACCAAUGGACAAGGCUAUGACAACUAUAACGGUUACAAUGGAUAUGGACAGGCUCCCCAAGAAGAUAUGAACCAGGGAUAUGGCAUGGCAGCUGGAGCAAUGAGGACCCAAACACCUCACCGUGACUACAAUAACGGUUAUGGAAGAGGUGGGGCUGAGCAAGGUUAUCCCCAAUCGCGAACUCCAAGACCCUACAACGACGAGUACGGCCGCAGUGCCAGUCCUGCGUCGUACGGUGCCCCGCCUAGCUACCGCACUGCGCCGAGCAAUAACGGAUAUGCUAAUCCCUCGCGAAUGGCGUCGCCGGGCCCACAAGCAGGUUAUAGCUACGGUAAUGGCAAUGGCAAUGGCAAUGGCAACGGAGCUCCAUCUCGUAUGCGCACUCCCGGUCCCCAACCAGGCUACGAUUACCCUCAGAGGUCACAGACACAAACACCCAACAGCUACAACCGCCAAUAUCCCCCGGCACCCCAACGACAGUAUUCAAACGACUCUACCCGACCGUUAGUACAACCGGCGCAAGACCAGCAGUACUUAGAUGAACAGGGGCAGCGAUCACCCAUCCAGAACAACAGCGGCUUUGACUUCAACUCUGGCUACAGCCGCUCGGAAGCUCCUCCUGCGCAGACACAGACACAGACGCAGACCGCAAACGGAGGAACUGCGUAUCCCGGCUACCGCACAUAUCGACCCCAAGGGCAGCCCCAGCAGGAUAACUGGAACGGAAUGUAAAUGCGAUCAGCGUAAUGGAGUUAGUUUUACUCGUUAAGGUAUACCAAAAUAAAAUCAACCAUAGGAGGACCGACUAAUACACGAAUCGGACGGGUAUACGCGGCGAUCUGAUGGAUUUUGUAUUCAGUGACAAAGAAGGCGUUUCGGGAAAAAGGGGGGCGGACGAUCAUCUGCAUAGCAUGAUGGAAUUCAGAUAUAGAGGUUUGCCGAUACUUUUUGCGAUUUGUGGUUGCGGUUAAACGCCAAAAAUUCCCCGGCCGAGUUGUGUGCUUAUAGGGACAGACCAGAUGUACCAGGAUACCCACCUGUAAAUACGAGCCUAUAUAGGCUAUAUAGGCUGCUAGGCUGGUGGUAUAUAAGGGGAUGGAUUCGUUUUACAUGUGCGUGCGGGUGUUUUAAAUAAUUCAAAUAAGUCACGAAGUGCAAGAAUACCAUCGUGUUUGUUGAAGAAUGCUAAAAGGGGGGGAGGAAUUCUAGAACUUUCGUUUGCAAGUAAGUUGCUUGUGGAUUUUGAUUAGUGAACUCAUACGAAGCUACCAGUCACAUGCAACACAAUAAAACAAGGCCAUUUACCAAGCUCUU